GGGACAUGCGGCUCCGGGGACGCGGCGGAGGAGCCGCCGCGGGGAACAAAUUGCUGCUGUUGCUGCUGCUGGCUGCCUUCUGCGGGGCGGCGGGCGGGCAGGGGACGCGGCUGCUCAGCGCUGCGGAUCUGAUUCUUCAGAGAGGACAUGCCAUUUGCCGUGGAGGAACCCAACGCCCGUGCUACAAGAUCGUUUACUUACAUAAUGUUGUACGCAGGGUUGGCUUUAAAGAAGCUCUUCAGGCCUGUAGGAGAGAUGGAGGAGACCUAGUCAGUAUAGAAACACAGUCAGAACAGAAACUGAUUGAGAAGAUGAUUGGGAGCUUUUCAGCGUCAGAUGGCGACUUCUGGAUAGGGCUUAGGAGAGAAUCGGAUCCUGACAACAGCACUGAAUGCCCAAACCUGUACUCUUGGUCAGAUGGAAGUUUGUCCACGUUUCGAAACUGGUACGCAGACGAGCCCUCCUGUGGAAGUGAAGUCUGUGUUGUGAUGUACCACCAGCCCUCAGCACCUGCAGGUGAUGGGGGACCAUAUAUGUUUCAGUGGAAUGAUGACAGCUGCAGCAUGAAAAACAACUUCAUCUGCAAAUAUCCCCAGGAAAAGCCAACAGCUGCCUCUGAAAUUAACACCUCUCAAGCAGGAGCUGCAACAGAGAUCUUUACACCCACAUCCCCAGAAGAACCCAUUCCUGAAGUUGCAACUAAUAAAACUUUCAAAGAAGCUAAAGAGCCUGUUUGGAGCCUUGCCUACUUCUUAAUCCCCAGCAUUCCUGUGCUGCUUCUCCUCGUGGUCAUCACAGCCAUUUUCAGCUUUUGGCUUUAUGCAAAGAGGAGACGGGAGCAAACGGAGAUGAAUGCAAAGGAACAGGAUACCUGGCUGUCCCCCAAGAGACAGAACAGCCCCAGUUUGGAGAUAUACAAUGUAAUCAGAAAACAGUCAGAAACAGAUCUUGCUAGGACCAGACCAGACAUUAAGAACUCUUCUUUCCGGGCCCGUCCUGGAGAAGAUACUCCUGAUGACCUCUCUGGGGACUAUGACAAUAUGGCUGUCAAUACCUCGGAGAGUGGCUUUGUGACUUUGGCCAGUACUGAAAGUGGAUUUGUCACCAAUGACAUAUAUGAACUGUGCAAUGACAGAGUGGGGCGAAGCAAAGAAUCAGCCUGGGUAGAAAAUGAGAUCUAUGGCUAUUAAAGAAGACGGUGCUUUGGAUAUUGAGCUAAGUGAACACUGGAACUAGCUCUGGCACACAGGCAAAGGAAUGUGAUUUCUGCAUUUGGCAGUGUUUGCGUUUUUACGAUAAAGGUUUUCCCUUUUCUGACAGUGGAAUGUGAGGGAAUUUAUAUGUGUAGGUAGAGCUCUUAUUCAGCUAAAGAAAAUGGCCUUGUGCAAUCUUGCUUCCAUUCCUUGACAGACAGACAUCAUUCCCUAAUAAUCUACAACUUGACAGUAUUUCUGUCUUGUGACAACAUGCACUGAAAUCAAAACUCCUGUCUUUUUAAGCUAAUUGCCUAAGACCAGAUGGAGCUUGUGAGUUAUUCAGUGAUGAUUUUUCCAGCUCCAGGCUAAAAAUACUACAGGUGUCACAGGUGACCAUCAGUACCUAAUUUUCACCAGCUGCCUAGUAUCCAUAUUUUGUCAUCCUGAAAGCCAUCAGUUUUCCAGCAAGGAGGGGGCUGUUCCUCUAUUGUGCUUUGCUCUUAUCCAUCCAGCCCACUUUUGCAACUAGUGAUUGGCUUUCUUAUACCCAAGGCCUCCCAAGACAGGAAAAUGGACAUCAAAUGACAUCAAAAACCAACAAAGCAAUAUGUUCCGGAUGUUGGAUGUAACACGUUAAGCAAAAAGACUCAUUCUAAGAACCUAAAAAUAAAGAACUUGCAGUAUCUGUGCAAGCAAUGCAUUCACCAUAGGAAUAGCUACAAUCCCUAACCCCUCUUUUUGGAAAGAUUGCUAAAGCAAAAAUUUAUAGACACAUCUGCAUCUGUAGAGCCAAGAAGGCACUGUACAAUAGACCUCUGUGCCAGGUUUGUUCAUAUGCCUUGAGGGAAAGAUUAAACACUGGUCACUUAAUUUUGGAGGAAAUAGGUGACUAGCUACUGUUACAUGGUUAUUACCUCGUUUAUGCUUUCUGCUGCCGGCAAGGGUGUUGAAGACCAGCACAGCUGCACUCCUAGAAGUCCUGAUGCAGAUGAGAUUACUGUGCAAGUACAAUUUUGAAAAUAUUUUUAAGUCUAGCAACAGGACAUACACAAGUGAUGGAAAUAACUGAAAGCAAAUCUUCAUGAGCAACAGUCUUCUGGAAGCAGCAUCUAAUCCUGAUUUUCUACCACCAGUCCUAAAACAGAGGGAAACAAAUGAAAUUCCUCCUUUGUCAUUGGAUAUCAAAUACAUUAUAAUUUGAUUUUUAUUUUUUUAAAACCAUUGAUCCUUAAGUGGAAUUUUUAAACUUUGACCUCUAAAUGAGCCAAGACUGACAAUACUUCCUCCCAUGUCAAGAAAAGGCCUGAUAUCUGUUUUUGGAAGCACAAUGCAAAAUGAGGGACUGAAGAAGAUGUUGGUUUCAGGAAAUGUAAUAAAGUUACAAGAUCCUUUCCUCCAUGUUUCAGUGAGUUUCUGCCUCAGGUGAUGAGAGACCCACACUGAAAAAAGUAACAAAGUGACUGGGGCUAUGUUUUUACAGUGGUCUCAAAAGUAGUCUUAUUGAAUUCCAUGCUGUAAUUCCUGGAAAUGUCCAAACCAAACCAUCAAUGCAUUAUUUGUUGACAUGUUUAGUUGAGGCCUGCAGUUUUUAACCUGGGUGCUAUAACUCCACCGGUUUUCUGCUCCAAGGAAGAAGCUGUGAAUAGAAAAAAGACUGAAAUUUUUGUUUGGUUGGUUUUGUUAUUUGGCAUGUGACAGAAAAGAUACUUAGUAAUAGCAGCAGUCUGUUAUCACGUACUGAGUGGAACAGUGUUACCAUAUGAGGCCACAAAUGUUUUUUUUCCCUUAUAUUGUAAGUUGAUAAGAGAUUUUGUGGUGGUGUUGGGUUGUAUGCAUGUGGAUGUCUGAAGCCUCUGGCUGUGGGUGGCUGAGUUGCUGUGAUGUCAUGGAAUGUUUGUGAACAUUCUAACUUGGAAGGAAUGGCACUGAAGACAAUAGAAUCCCCACAAACAGACCAACUUUUGUGAUGAAAAUAAAGAUCAGUUUUGAUGGGA